AUGGACACCAAACAUGACUACAUCGACGAUAGUAUCGAUGCUCAGCCCACACUCGUUUCUCAGGAAGUCGUCGUCGAUCCUCGCCCGCCGCUCGACUAUACCUCGCUUCGGGCGUUCGUGUCAAGUCUCCGAGUCCGUUUCGUCAGUAUAUGGACCAAACGCUUCGUCCUCUCCCUUCUGGCUGGGCAGCUGGUCUCGCUGUGUAUCACCUGCACGAAUGUCACGACUACUGAGCUCGUGGAUCGCAACUGGUCCCUGCCCACGACACAGACAUGGUUUCUGUACUUCUCCAUCUUCAUCGUGUAUACACCUUACACCAUUUACCAAUAUGGGUUCAAGGGAUGGCUGAAGAUGAUCUGGAAAGAUGGCUGGAGAUACAUCAUUCUCGCAGCUUGUGAUGUGGAAGGAAAUUUUCUUGCCGUCAAGGCGUAUAACUACACGACCCUCCUCUCCUGCGAGUUGCUUGACGCGUGGGCGAUCCCCUCCUGCCUGUUCUUCUCCUGGCUUUGGAUGCGGCCGCGCUACAAGCUAUCACAGCUCCUCGGCGUGCUUGUCUGUGUCGGUGGGCUCGGCAUGCUUGUCGCGUCGGACGAGCUCACGGACAAGGACUGGCCCGCGCUCAGCCGCGCGAAGGGCGACGUGUUCAUGAUCGUCGGCGCGACAUUAUACGGCUUCACGAACGCAACGGAGGAGUUCUUCGUGCGGAAAUCGCCGCUCUACGAAGUUGUCGGCCAGCUGGGCAUGUGGGGCAUGAUCAUCAACGGCAUUCAGGCUGCCGGCCUCGAGCAUAAAGACAUGGUCCAGGCGACCUGGGAUGGCAAGAACAUCGGGAUCCUCGUCGCGUACACCGCGUCAAUGUUCAUUCUCUACACGGUCGCGCCGAUGCUGUAUCGCAUGGCAUCGUCCGCGUACUACAACCUGAGCAUCCUGUCGAGCGACUUUUACGGGCUCCUCUUCGGGCUGUUCCUCUUCCACUACCGGCCAUAUUGGCUUUACUUCCCUUCCUUCGUGGUCGUCAUCGUCGGGCUAGUGAUCUAUUUCUGGAGCGCGCCGCCUGAAUCUCAGGGCAAAAUUGAGCCCCGCGCGCCCGAAUACGUCACUAAGCGGUGCGACCCCUUGCCCUUCGUCGCGGGGCAGGUGUGA